AUGAUACCGUUAUGUAAACAAGUAGGAGUAAAAAAUGAUAUUUUUUGCAUUAUUUCAUUUUAUGAAGAUAUUAUAAAUGAAAUGAAAUUUUCAUAUAAUCAUUUGUUUGAUACAUUUGUUAUAUUAAAAAAUAAAAUAAACGAUAUAGAAAAUUUUAUAGAAAUAUAUAAAAUAGAAAAUAAUUAUUUAGUUAAAGAAAAUUAUGAAUUAAAAAAAGGACUUGAAAAAAAAAAUAAUUUUAAUAAUACAGAUAUAUUAAAUAAUAUAUUAUGCAAUGAAUUAGAUAAUUCUAUUUAUAAAAAACAUCACGAAAAUAAUAUAAUUACGAAAAAUGAAGAAAGAAAAUAUAAUUUAAAUACUUAUUCAUCAACCAAAAAUAAUGAAACAAACAAAGAUAUUUUAUUUUUAGAUAAUUUUAAAUUAACAAAAUUUGCAAAUAAAUGUAAUGAUGAAAAUUAUGAAAUUAAAAAUUUUCAACAAAAUUUGAAAAAUUUCUCUAAAUUAAAAAAUUCAUUUGAGAAUAUAAUAAACUGCACUAGUGAAAAUAUAAACAUUACAGAUAUUAUGAAAUUAAAUGAACAUAAAUUUGAGAAGAAAAAUUUGAAGUUAAAAGAUAAUUUACAAUUAAGUAUUUCAAAACAUGAUAAUAAUUCAAAAGAAGAUGAAAAAUCAGAAGAAGAUAAAUAUUCAAAAGAAGAUGAUAAUUUAGAACAAGAUAAAAAUUCAAAAGAAGAUGACAAUUUAGAACAAGAUAAUAAUUCAUAUAUAGAUGAAAAAUCAGAACAAGAUAAAAAUUCAAAAGAAGAUGACAAUUUAGAACAAGAUAAUAAUUCAUAUAUAGAUGAAAAAUUAGAACAAGAUAAUAAUUCAAGAGAAGAUAACAAUUUAGAACAGGAUAAUAAUUCAUAUAUAGAUGAAAAAUUAGAACAAGAUAAAAAUUCAAAAGAAGAUGAAAAAUCAGAACAAGAUAAUAAAUUCAAGAGAAGAAAUUUAGAACAAGAUAAUAAUUCAUAUAUAGAUGACAAUUUAGAACAAGAUAAAAAUUCAAAAGAAGAUGAAAAAUCAGACCAAGAUAAAAAUUCAAAAGAAGAUGACAAUUUAGAACAAGAUAAUAAUUCAUAUAUAGAUGACAAUUUAGAACAAGAUAAAAAUUCAAAAGAAGAUGAAAAAUCAGACCAAGAUAAUAAUUCAAGAGAAGAUGACAAUUUAGAACAAGAUAAUAAUUCAUAUAUAGAUGACAAUUUAGACCAAGAUAAAAAUUCAAAAGAAGAUGAAAAAUCAGACCAAGAUAAAAAUUCAAAAGAAGAUGACAAUUUAGAACAAGAUAAUAAUUCAUAUAUAGAUGACAAUUUAGAACAAGAUAAAAAUUCAAGAGAAGAUAACAAUUUAGAACAAGAUAAUAAUUCAAAAGAAGAUGAAAAAUCAGAACAAGAUAAUAAUUCAAAAGAAGAUGACAAUUUAGAACAAGAUAAUAAUUCAAGAGAAGAUGACAAUUUAGAACAAGAUAAUAAUUCAAAAGAAGAUGACAAUUUAGAACAAGAUAAUAAUUCAAGAGAAGAUGACAAUUUAGAACAAGAUAAAAAUUUAAAAGAAGACGAAAAAUUAGAACAAGAUAAAAAUUCAAAAGAAGAUGACAAUUUAGGAAAUUAUGAUCAAAUUCUUUUAGAUAAAAAAAAAAAAUAUGACAAAAAAAAAUUUAAAAAAGAGUUAAUAAUUAACAAAAGUGAUAUGAAUUAUGAAUAUUCAUCUUCAGAAAAUUUUGAUGAACUUGAUUUUUCUGAUAAUUCUAUGAAUUCUACUAAAAUUGAUGUUCUAAGAUUAUCUCAAGAAAAUAAAACAUUAUCUGAAAUUUUAAGCAAAAAAAAAAAGGAUUACGAAAAUAUUAUAUUAAAUAAUUUUAAAAAUAUAGAUUUAUACAAUAUUCAAAAUGAUUCAGUAUUUUUUAAUAGCCCAUAUGUACAAAAUGAAAAGGAUAGCUUAAAUGGUAACAAAGAUUUUAAAUGUGUUUCAUUUAUCCCCGAUAAGAGAAGAGAUUAUUUAAAUAAAAAUACAAAAAUAUAUAAUGAACAAAUGAAAAAUUCAAAUUUAAUAUAUGGAAAGAUAAAAAAAUCCCCUUAUAUUUCUAAAAAAUAUCGAAAAAAAUGUCAUAUAAUAAAUUCUAUUUAUAAUCAGAUGAAUUAUAUGCCAUGUAGAAAUAAUAUGAACAGUAACAAUUAUUUAUAUGAGAAAAAUGUGAACAUUUUAAAUAAAAAAAAUAAAUUGUAUAAUGAAACAAAAAAUCAAAACAAUUUCUUGAAUGAUAAGAUUAAUUUGGAAAGUUUUAAUCACAUAAAUGAUGUAUAUAAUGGUAAUAUGAUAAAUUAUAACAAUCAUUUAAUUAACGACGUAAAAGAUACAUAUAAUUUAAUUAAUAUAAAAAAUGAAGAGUUAAAUGGUGAAUUAUUAACACAGAAAAUCAAAAGUAAUUCUAGAUUUCCCUAUAUUUUUUUAUCAAAAAACAAUUAUGAAGAUCUUAAUUUACAUGGUUUAAAUAAUAAAAAUAAUUUUUACAAAUGGAGUAAAAAUUUGAAUUGUUAUAUGAACUCUAAUGAUAACAAUACAUAUUAUAUGGACAACCAUUUAUCUUACGAAAAUGUGAAUGAUAACGAAACGAAUAUACAAGAAAGUAUUUCAUCAAUCGAAGAAAAAUUGCGUAAUAUCAAUGAUAGUAGUGAAACAUUAAGGAAUAAUAACAUGAACGUUUAUAAUAGAAUAAAGUACAACAAAGAUAAUAUAAACAUUUAUAAUGAUAAUAUAUUAGGAAAAAACUUAUCACAUGAUUAUAUAACUAAAAAAAAGUCAUAUAUUUUAGAUAAACAUUUAAUGAACAUAUUUGCUCAAAAUAAAAAUAAUUACAAAUUAAAUUCAUUUUCAUCAGACAUCUUGUCAUCCAACACUAUCCCUUUUAAUAUUAUUCAAAAACAUAAAGUUAGUUGUCUUGAUAAAGUAAAAGGAAAACUUAAUUCUAAUUCUAGUAAUUACAGUAAUCAUGAGCUUCAUAAUUUAUACAAAGUCGUAAAUUAUAAAAAUAUAAUGAAUAAUACUUUAUCUUCAAAUUACAUAGAUAUUGACAUUAAUCCAUUUUUAUUACCAUAUAAUAGAUUGAAUAAUUCACUUGAUGAAAUAAAACAAAUUAAUAAAAUCAAAAAAAAAAAAAAAAAAAAAAAAAGAAAAACUGUUAUUAAUAUAGAAAAUAUCGACAACAGUUGUAAUGAUAAUUUAGUUAACAGUGAUAAAUACAAUAGUGUUAUUAUGAACAACACAGACAAUAAUAUCAAUGAAAAUACUAGUGAUAUUAUGGAAAAUAUUAAUUUAUGUAAAAGAUAUGUUAUGAAAAACCCGAGUAACACAAUAAAUGAGAAAAAUAAUGAUAAUUUAAGUUUUAAAAAUGAUAAAAUUUGCAAAUUACAAAAACAAUUAAAAAAAAGUAAAGUUCAAGGAGAUAUAAAAAGAAAGAGAAUAAAAAAUAUUAUUCAGAAAAAUAACAUUACGGAAGAAAAAAUAAAAAAAAAUAAAAAAAAAUCAUCAAAUUUUAUUAUUAAUAAUAAAAAACAUAAUAUAUUAAAUAAACAAAAAUAUUAUGAAAAAAGUGCUGAUUCAUUUUUAGACAAUAUAGAUGGCUUACAUGUAUCUGAUGAUUUAUCAUAUCCAAUGAAGAAGAUAAGAAAUGAUGUAUAUAAUUUAGAAAAUAUGCAUAUAAAAAAGUAUGAACUUAGAAGAAAACGAAAAAUUAAAUAUGUAUUACCUUCAUUAAAUAAAAAAUUAAGAAGGGAUAGUUCAAGGCAAAUAUUUGAUCCUUUUUUGUAUAAUAAAACAUGGAAAAUAAAAAAAAUGUAA